AUGCUACUCUUUGCAAUUUCAAUCGUCUUUUUAAUUCUUUUACACUGUGGAAGUUAUUGCGAAGCCGAGAAAAACCAUGACUGUCCCCCUACUUCUUGCGGCAGCAUCACAAACAUUAGCUACCCAUUUCGACUUAGAGAUGACCCCGAAAAUUGUGGCGAUUCAAGCUACGAACUUGCUUGCGAGAACAAUCGCACUAUCCUCUAUCUAAAUUCCAGUAGAUUCUUCGUGCAAUCAAUUUCUUACAAUAACUUCACUAUUCGACUACUUGAUCCUGGUCUGGAAAAAACCAGUUGUGCUUCAUUUCCAAUUAACAGUCUGUCAUACAAUUACCUUUCAAGACUUUACACUUUUGAAACGCGUUUUCUUUUCGAAUGGAAUAUUCCUAUAAUAUUUAUCCACUGUGAAGCUCCUGGAAAGUCUCCUUACUAUGUUGAUACAUGCAUUUGCAGUAAAAAUAUUUCGCUACAGAAAUAUUCCUAUCUUGUAGUCGGAAACGACGUCAGUGUUGCAGAUUUAGAGGAUUCCUGCAGUAUUGACACGAUGGCUUGGAUUUCAGAAACAUUUCCCAUAGUUGAAAAUGCCUCCUGUUCAGACAUUCAAGAUGGGCUGGCUUACGGAUUUGUGCUUCGCUGGUACCUAGUCUACUGCAAGGAUUGUGAAGGAUAUUGUCAUAUUGACCUUUAUAAUAACAUCGAAUGCACAAAGAAAUGCCUAGUUUCGGGCCCCAAUACCUUCCGUGGUCUAUGGCCCAGUUGUCCAUUACCUUUUUGGUCGCAGAUCAGACCUACGAUACAUCUGGACAGCAACAGUGACACAGCCUUCGCGAUUCUUGCUGCCUUCAUCAUCCUGCCACGAGUCCCGCCACAUCCCGCCGGCCGUCUUCUUCACCACCACCAACCGGCCCUAGUGUGA